AUGUCUUCUACCCGGAUGUGUGUCUGUCAUCGAUGGCAACACAUUAUCACUGCAUUGAUUGGUGCAGUGAAUCCCGGGUCUGAAUCCACUGGUGAUAAUCACUUGUGGGCUAAAAGUGAUUACAUUUUGUGCUCACAUUUAGUACGACUGUUAUAUACAGUCAAACCCCCGGAGAUAACGGACUCACAGCCCCGGGCUAUGCGGGCAUCGGGUGAACGGGUUUUAGUUUACGUUACAAUUGAACGCCGUUUGGGUGCGGACUCGACGGCCUCGCAGUGGAACCUUCACCUCACACUUCUGGCACUGCUCUACGCGUCCACAAUACCGACCAUACCGUUGCUCAUGGACUGGAUUAACCUCAAGAUGCCUGUCCUCUAUUUCUAUACCGCCCCCACCGCCGACCCGUAUCUGAUCCCAGCGCUGAUGUUAACCAUCGCGUGUCCGGUUCUGUGGCACCAGUACUCUGUAAUCGAUACAAAUCNACUUCUGGCACUGCUCUACGCGUCCACAAUACCGACCAUACCGUUGCUCAUGGACUGGAUUAACCUCAAGAUGCCUGUCCUCUAUUUCUAUACCGCCCCCACCGCCGACCCGUAUCUGAUCCCAGCGCUGAUGUUAACCAUCGCGUGUCCGGUUCUGUGGCACCAGUACUCUGUAAUCGAUACAAAUCUAAAUAAGAGAUAUAUCUUCUCGUAUGCGUUGAAAGCGAUGGCUAUUCUGUCGUCAAUUGUAUGUCAAAUGAAUUACUGGAAUAUAUCGCUAAUUAUAUGCGUUUCGGUGUUUGUGGUGAGCGGUCAGCACCUCAUGGACUGGCUGGAAGUGGGAGAGGAAGUAAUGCACAGCGCUCGGGUGUGGCCGUCAUUGGGCGGAACGGCAAUGAAAGCUGCUCUACGGCUGGCCUACAGACCCACCACAACACCAGCCCUACCCCUCCAUCCCUAUCCCCUCAUAGACUGCUGGCCUUGA